AUGUCAAAAUUUUCAACAACAACAACAAAUAAAGAAUAUAAAUAUACAAAUAAAUUAAUUAAUGAAAAAUCACCAUAUUUAAUCAAACAUGCACAUGACCCCGUUAACUGGUAUCCAUGGUGUGAUGAAGCAUUCGAAUUAGCAAAAAAACAAGACAAAUUAAUUUUCCUUAGUGUUGGUUAUAUGGCUUGUCAUUGGUGCUCCGUAAUGCAUAAAGAGUGCUUUGAAAACCCAAGUAUUUCAAAAGUAAUGAAUGACCUAUUUAUCAAUAUUAAAGUUGACCGUGAAGAGAGACCCGAUAUUGAUAAAUUAUAUAUGACUUUUUUAACUGAGACCACUGGCGGAGGUGGUUGGCCAAUGAGCAUUUGGCUUACACCAUCUCUUCAACCAAUAUCAGCUGGAACAUACUUUGCACCAGAACCAAAAUUUGGUAGAGCAGCAUUCCCAGAACUAUGUAAAAAACUAAAUGAAAUAUGGAAAAAUGAUAGAGAAACGGUAAUAGAAAGAGGAAAUUCAUUUAUUGAAUAUUUAAAAGAAGAUAAACCAAAAGGUAAUUUAGACAAUGCACUAUCAGAAGAAACUGUAAGCAAAUGUAUUGAGCAAAUAUUAAAAGGCUACGAUCCAGAUGAUGGUGGUUUUACAGAUGCACCCAAAUUCCCAAGAUGCAGUAUUUUUAAUUUCCUUUUAUCCGCAUCGACUCAAGAACAAUUAAAAUCAUCAAAAGAAUCAAUAUUAGAAAAGUUAUUUUUCACUUUAUCAAAGAUGGCAUAUGGCGGGAUAUAUGAUCAAAUUGGCUUUGGCUUUCAUAGAUACUCUGUUACACCUGAUUGGAAAAUACCACAUUUUGAAAAAAUGUUAUAUGAUCAAGGUCAAUUAGUUCCAGUUUAUUUAGAUUCAUAUAUACUAUCAAAAAAUGAAUUAUUUAAAAAUAUUUCAAAAUCAACAUUAAAAUAUGUUCAAAAUUAUUUGACACACAAAGAUGGUGGAUUUUUUUCAGCAGAAGAUGCUGAUAGUUUUAAUGAAAGCAAUGAAAAGUCAGAAGGUGCAUUUUAUAUUUGGAACUUUGAAGAUAUCAAAAAAGCAUUAGAAAAUGAUAAAGAAGCCAUUGAAAUCUAUUCAUUCAUUUAUGGUUUAGUAGAAAAUGGUAAUGUUAAUCCAAAAGAUGACCCACAUAAUGAAUUUAUUGAUAAAAAUAUUAUUAUGCGAAUUAAAAGUAAUCAAGAUGCUGCCAACUAUUUCAAGAAAUCAACUAAAGAAAUAGAAUCAUCACUCGAAUCAUCAAGAAAGAAACUUUUAACCUAUCGUGAUACGUUUAAACCAAGACCACCAUUAGAUGACAAAAUCAUUGUUGCCUGGAAUGGAUUAAUGAUUUCUGCAUUUGCCAGAGCCUAUCAAAUCUUCCCAGAUGAAGAGUCCUAUUUAGAGUCUGCAAAAAGAGCCACCAAAUUUAUUAAGGAUAAUUUAUACAAUCAAGCCACCAAAACUCUAAUCAGAAACUUUAAGGAUAGCCCAAGUUUGAUCCAUGCAUUCGCUGAUGACUAUGCAUCUCUAAUUCAAGGGUUAUUGGACCUUUAUCAAUGUACCUUUGAAAUUGAAUAUUUAGAAUGGGCAAUCGAAUUACAAGAAAAACAAGAUCAACUCUUUUAUGACUCACAACUUCCAGGUGGAUAUUUCUCGACAAGUGGUGAUGAUAAAUCUAUUCUUCAUCGUUUAAAGGAAGAGCACGACGGCGCUGAAAACUCAUGCCAAUCGAUUUCAGUUUCAAAUCUUUUAAAACUAUAUUCUGUAACCUACAAUCAAGAGUAUAAAGAAAAAGCACUUGCAACACUCGACUCAUGUUCAUUAUAUUUAGAAAAAGCACCGAUUGUAAUGCCACAAAUGAUGUGCUCCAUGCUCCUCUGCAAAGAAAAAGAGAAUACUCUAAACUCUAUUAAUAUUGUUAUAAAUAGUAAAGAAUACAAUCAAACAAAGAAUGACCUUAAACAAAUUCUCAAACAAGUAAACUCACUUUUUAUCCCAAACAAGUUUAUAACAGUCAAAGAUAUUAGUGAUCAAAAACAAGUUCAAUUCUUUAAUGAAAAAACUAAAAAUUUAAAUUUAAUCAAUUUAAAACCUGUAUAUGAUAAACCAAGUCUUAGUUUAUGUAACCCAAAUGGUUGUUCAAUUUCAUCAAAUAAUUUAGGUCAAAUUACAAAUAUUUUAAAUAAUAAUAUAUUUUUUUAA